UCAGGCACUCAUUGGUCACCUACCACCGCGUCAUUAGGACCCUUCAGAGCAACAUGGCAUCAAGCAGUGGAAAGUCAGUCUUGUUCGUUUGCUUGGGGAAUAUUUGUCGCUCCCCCAUCGCUGAGGCAGUGUUCAGGAAGCUGGCCACAGAUGCUGGCGCUGUUGAUAAGUGGGUCAUAGACAGUGGCGCUACGUCUGACUGGAAUACAGGCAGUUCACCGGACGCCCGUGGUCUGGCCUGCCUAAGGAGGCAUGGCAUUGAAACCAACCAUAGGGCCCGACAGGUGACUAAGGAGGAUUUCAUGAGCUACGAUUACAUUCUUUGCAUGGAUGAAAGCAAUUUGAGUGACUUGAAAAGGAAGGCAAAUUCUGUGAAGAACUACCGAGCCAAGAUUGAACUCCUUGGUUCAUAUGACCCUGAGAAACAGCUGAUCAUCAAAGACCCAUAUUAUGGAAGUGAAGAGGAUUUUGAAAAGGUGUAUGAACAGUGCGUGAGAUGCUGCAAAGCAUUUUUGGACAACAACCCCUAACAACAUCUGACCUCAGGACAGGUUCUGUGAUGAGGAGCAUCAGUUUUCGCCCAGCUCGUGCACUUGAAAUAUACUUUGGCCAUGCCACCAGAGCACACAUCAACUCAGAGCUCCAGACAUCACAGCCCGACCACCAGGACAUCAUGUUGACUGUCGUUAAUUGUUAACCAGACCACACCGUGUAGAGGUAGAACAAUGCUGCUUGGAGGAGUAUGUUGACUGUUAUUCAGGUGAAUAAAAAAGUAACUGAAUAAAUAAA